UCUGCGCAUGCGCAUUAGUCGUGGUUCCGUAGCAUUUUAGCCUACAAGCUAGUCAACACUGCGGGAAACUUAGUGUGGGGUUGUCCAUUCACGAGCUUCUGGAAAUUUCAUCUCCCCGUCCCUUUUUCGCAGAACGUAUUUCCCGAUAUCCAGUCGUUGUUUUUGUUAUAGUCGUCUUUAAACGGAGCAAAAGCGACCCGACAGGGUUUUUCUUCGGUGGUUAUAUCUGCGGUCCUAUCUGUGAGCUGCAGGUACCUGAAGGCACGCUGAUGGCGGUCACUAUCGAGGAGCUCUAUCGUAACUACGGGAUCCUUGCUGAUGCUAAGGACAACCUCAGUCAGCAUAAAGAUGCCUACCAAGUCAUCCUGGAUGGUGUGAAGGGUGGCCCUAAGGAGAAGCGCCUGGCAGCACAGUUUAUUCCAAAGUUCUUUUGCAGCUUUCCAGAACUGGCUGAUGCAGCCAUUAAUGCUCAACUUGAUCUUUGUGAAGAUGAAGAUGUGUCAAUUCGACGGCAGGCCAUCAAGGAGCUCCCACGGUUUGCUACUGGGGAGAACAUCCUCAGAGUUGCAGACAUUCUCACUCAGCUCCUUCAGACAGAUGAUACAGCUGAGUUCAAUCAAGUGAAUGUCGCACUUAUUUCUAUCUUCAAGAUGGAUGCUAAGGGUACUCUUGGAGGCCUCUUUUCUCAAAUCCUGCAGGGGGAGGACAUAGUACGGGAACGGGCAAUCAAGUUUCUGUCAACCAAACUAAAGACUCUUCCAGAGGACAUCAUGACAAAGGAAGUGGAGGAAUACAUCUUCACAGAGACAAAGAAGGUGCUGGAGGACGUGACAGGAGAGGAGUUUGUGCUGUUGAUGCGUGUGGUGUCGGGCCUGCGAGUGCUGCAGACGGUGAAUGGGCGGCAGCAGCUGGUGGAGCUGGUGGUGGAACAGGCUUUCCUGGAACAGGCCCUCAAUCCAGCUGAUCCUGACACUGUUGACCGCCUGCUCCAAUGCACACGCCAGGCCCUGCCCCUGUUCUCUAAAAAUGUCCAUUCCACACGUUUUGUAACCUACUUUUGUGAACACGUCCUGCCCAACCUCAGCACCCUGACUAGUCCUGUGGCUGAUCUGGACAUUCAGCUGGAGGUGCUGAAGCUGCUGGCUGAGAUGAGUCCAUUCUGUGGAGACAUGGAAAAGCUGGAGGCCAACCUCAACAUGCUGUUUACCAAGCUGUUGGAGUUCAUGCCUCUACCACCAGAAGAGGUGGAGAACGGUGAGAACUCAGCAAGCGAGGAGCCCAAACUGCAGUUCAGCUAUGUGGAGUGUCUCCUCUUCAGCUUCCACCAGCUGGGCAAGAAGCUGCCGGACUUCCUCCUCGACAAAGUGGAUGCCGAGCACCUCAAAGACUUUAAGAUCAGGUUACAGUACUUUGCCAGAGGCCUGCAGGUUUACAUCCGACAGCUGCGAGUAGCACUGCAAGGCAAGACAGGAGAUGCUCUGAAGACAGAAGAGAACAAGAUCAAAGUGGUGGCCCUCAAGAUCACAAACAACAUCAAUGUUCUUAUCAAGGAUCUUUUCCACAACCCUCCGUCAUACAAGAGCACAGUCACCCUCUCCUGGAAACCCGUCCAGAAGACAGAGGCAGCAGCGCCCAAGCGUCCGUCAGGUGAGGAGAUGGGCUCUGGUGGCAGCACAAAAAAACAAAUCUCUCCUCUGCCUCGGAGGGACACUCGGCAAAUCUACAAUCCGCCCAGCGGCAAGUACAGCGCCUCCAUUGGCAAUUUUAGCUAUGAGCGUGGCGGCUUCAGGGGAGGCAGAGGACGAGGCUUUGGAGCCAGAGGCAACAGGAGCCGAGGCCGAAUCUACUAACACACAAACACACACACAGUACACAAUUCUCCCCCAAACAGCACCACAUCAAGAUCGUUCCACACCAAGAUGGACUGUUUGUCACUUACCCAUGAAUUUGCUUUUGUUUAGUUUUGUUUUUGUUUUUGUUUUUACUGGUCUCCACAUCUUUUUAUACUUUCCAAGACAUACAAGUUUUUUUGUUUGUUUGUUCAGAGGAGGGUGGGGGUUUGGUUUCCUGUCUCCAGAACACCAGACAACGGGGGCUCAGGCGUUUCUAGCUACCAUUUCAACAUUGACUCCCUGUAUACCUCUUGGAAUCAAGAAAACCUUUCAUUUUUUUAAUUAUGAUUGUGUGUAUUUUUGUCAAACACAAGACUGCCAAGUUGUAUGUGAUCUUUUUUUUAUCAGCUUAUUGUAGGAAACAUGUUAACAAAAUCUUCUAGCAUUUUAUUUAAUCUUUUCCUUUUUUAUUAGAGCUUUAGUUGAAUUGGCAGACUGUACAACUUUGUAUGAAACAGUGAUGUUUUAUUGGAUUUUUAUCAUAAACCUGUAUGGAAGUAUG